CCCCUUUUUAAAACCUCAUUUCCACUGGUGUGUUCAUGCUGGACACAGCCGUGAGGGACAUUUUUUAUCUGAUCCGUCAGAGUAAAUGUGUUGUUCUUAGUCGAGUUGCAGUUUUAGUUUUAGUAAAAUGUCGAGUUGGGCGAAGCCAGCCACAGGUGUGCGGAGACCGUCCGGCAGUCCAAACGGAAGUGCUCAGCAGCUGCGGUUGUUCCGGAGAGCGGCUCCGUACCCGAGUAGAGAAGAAAGAACUGAGGAGCUAAAGGAUGCUCUGGACAGUUAUGAAGAACUGGAACAGCUUCAAGGUUACUCCACUAGUGUAAAGUUUGAGACAUACAAACCUCAGCCAAGUGUCUUGAACCCGCCAGUCAAAACCGAGGUCGUCACUCCGGCGGACAGACGUAAAGCUCUGUACCAGAAGUUCUACAAGCAGGUCCAGGAGGAGAGAAAGCCAGCCGACUGCGUGGUCCUGUCCGUCACCAACAAGUUCCUGGAUUACCCCAAAUCGCUAAGCCAGUGCUUGCAGGAACGUGGCCUGUCAGUGGAAAUGCUGUACCUUCAAGUGGAAUCGGGCCUGACCCGGGCCCUGCAGGACGUCCGAGCAGACGGCUCCCCGUUAUGUAUACUGGUGGAGCAGAAAAAUGUAGCUCUGUCCUCCUGCACUGUUAUCAUAUUCUCAGAGUCCCUCAAAAUCCACCGUAACAUGCCUAAAGACCAGGCUCUGGAUUUUGUCCAAGCUGAGUACAGUCGCGGACUCCUCAAGGAGAAUUCACCAAGGGAUCCUGCAGACAUCGCAGCACAGGCAUCGCAGCUGCUGGAUGACUUUCUGGAUCGAGAAAAAAUUGCACGGCACACGGUUCCCUCUGAAAUCCGACAUCACCUCUCGCUGCUUGCCGACGGGGUGCAUCUGUAUUUGGAGGAGCUGGAAUCCAUCUCAGAGUACGUCGCUUCCCGACAAGAGCAUUUGCAAGCUCUGGCCUUAGGUGAUGAGGAUGAUAAAGGGAACAUGAUACCCCCAGGACUGGGAAAACCCCCUCCUCUGCUUCCAACUCCACCUGGGCCUCAGUCUGCCUCAAUAGGAUCUCUUGGGGACCACUCUCCACCUGUAUCUGUAGGUCUGCUGCCGACACCAGGCUCUUUCCCCAAAACCAAACCUCCUCCACUCCUGUCUUUGCAUCGGACUCCUCCUGGGAUGUCUUUAGGACCCCUGGGUUCCCGGGCCCCCCCGUCCUCUCUGGAUCCGUACGGAGCUCCAGGUUUGUCCCGAGGGCCGCUGCUCCACCACGCUCCUCCGCUCUACCCGGGCCUCCGGUCCAGGCCCAGGGCGGCCCCUCCGUCCUUGAAGGGUUCUCGUCCUCCUCUUCUGUCAACACCAGUUGGUCCCCAUCUGCGACUGGGUGGACCACGACACUGAAGGCCGACACUGUAACACACAAAGCGUUUUAGUAUAUCAGAUGAUUUCAGAGCAGGAAGUUUCCAGAGGAAUUCCCUGCUGGUGUUUAUUAAAAUAGUAAAACAGUAAAUGUAAGUAAUGCAUAUUUUCAUGUUUUGAUGCCUUUUCUAUUGUUUCCGGCUUUUAACCUCUUAUUUGCAGCAAGAGGUUAAAAUUUGCUGUUGCUGCAAAUAGUCCAGCUUUAUUUUCAAUUUUCUGCCAUUUUUUUUCUGAUGAAGUUUCAAAUUUAAGGAGCAAAUGUAACUUUUUCUUUGUGGCGGUAACAUCAGCAGCAACAAUAUUGCUCUUUGUGACAAAGUACAAAAGUUUAAACAUGAUUCGGCUAAAAGAAAAUAGCAAGUUCUUAUCAUUUAUUGUGUAGGAUUUAAUUUUUGAUAUUCUGCAUAUUUUUGUUCUUUAUAAAAUUCAGUUAAAAAUGUAAAUGAUCGUCACUAAGCAGCCCAUCCUUUUAUUACUGCAUUGUGGACAAAGAUUUUAGAUCCCAUGGACUCAAAUGCACCAAACUCUAUAGACAUUAAAUAUAACUGUUAAGUGUAUUUCUUUUUGAAAGGCCUGUUUGUUCUGUAUUUCUGAUAGUAAUUAAAUAUUGUCUUUUGUUUUUCUUUUAGAUGUAAUUAUUGAGUCUGAUUUUCUUUCAUUGCAGUUGUGUUGAGGUUUGAAGGAUCAGAUGUUUUACUUUGGAAAACCUUUGAAAUGCUUCAGUGUUUAGUGAGAACAUUUUUAUCUUCAGUUCAAACAAGAAACACACACAUCACAUUUAUAUAACAGGCAGCUUGUCAGCUAUUGUUGCGUUCAUUUUAUUUGUUUUUUUCACUAAAGGGUAAGAGAUGUUCCAGCAGAAACUCAUGAAUGAAUAAAAUACUUUUUUAUUUGUUUAGUCAUUUUAGCUUUUAUUGGGCUAAAAACAUUUCCAUGAGAUUCAAACAAAAUUCAGUUUUUCUGCUCUAUGCAAUAAAUUGAAUUUACGAGUUUAGUGUUAUGUCUGGAAAACCCAAAUUGUUCCUCUUUGUAGGUGUUGGUUCUGUGUAAUUAAAUCCCUAAUUGAAAGGGACAUGUUUGAAUCAUCAUCACUCUGUAUCUGCAUCCAUGAGAAUAAGUCAGAAAUGUUUAGUGUCUGUAGGAACAUUCAGAUGCAUCAGCAGCAAAGUAGCAUUUACAUAAAGGUAGAAAUGCUAAAAAAAGAAUUUACAGUUUAUCCAAAUGUAUGAAGAAUUUUGAAAAUGUAAUUACAAAAACUAUUAUACUCAGAUUCAAAGACUGUCUGUCUGAAUGGAAUGUGUGUUCUGUAAAUUUAUGCAAAAAUAACUACAAGGAAAUGAAAGUGAAUGUGGGGAUAUAGACACUGUUUGUUGGAGAAGAGAAGGUCAUAAAGUAACAGCUGCUGAGGGAAAGGAUCUGUGUUAUCGCUCUUUUGUGCAUCUAUGAUGCAGCAAUUUGUCACUUUUAGAACUCUCUAAUUCAGCAACAGCUUCAUGCAAGAAGUAGGAGAUAAUGAUGUUUUAACCAGAGUUUUGUCUUUCACCACCUUAACUGAAUCGUGGGAGCAUCCAACCAGAGCUGGCCUUCCUGAUGAGUUUACUGCUUUACGCUCCAAAAACUCUACAUCUUACUCAGUAAUUUUGUCUAUUUUCUUGUUUAAAUAUCCUAGUACACUAUAAAUAAGAGAACUAACCUGCAAGUAACUUUUCAACAAGACAUGGAAUCUUGCUUUAAGGAUAAGGUGCUAGUUCUGAUAGAUUUCACAUGACAUUUUCCUCCAUGUCUUAAGUGAAAUAAUCUGUCAAUGAAACUAGUACUUUU